AUGUCCCACUGGGACCAGUCAGAAGAGGAGCAGCACAGCAACGCAGCUGCUAGACACUGGGUGGAUAAAAGCCUUUCAGAGCUGGUGCUGGAUCAUCCCCAGGAUGUGGUGGUGACCAUCCUGCACAAUGACCCGUGGUGCCACAGACCUACUAUGAUCCUGUGGAGACAGCUGGUGUCCACAAGCAGGCCUGGGGCAGGUAACGUGCUGUGGGAUCUGCUGUCCGUGCUGGAGGACUGGCCCCUGCACACCACAUCCACGUCUGAUGGGGAGAACGUCGUCAUCUUUCCCCUGGCUGCAACCAGGGCGCUGCUGGAGAUCUUCUGGAUUCCCCAGUGCAAGGUGACCUUGAAGAAACUUUUCCCCCGCUUCCUCCUGGCUCUUCUCUCUCAAACUUUCUUCAUCACAGAAGAACGCUAUGAGGAGGUCGAUGCCUUCUGGAGGGGAUGUGAGCAGGAAGGCCAGUUUCCCAGUACCCCAAACAGGUUUGUGCUGGCUGUCCUGAAGGAAAUGCUCUGCUACCUGGGCUAUAAGAAACUGUUCCUGAAAGUCGAGAAAAAGGCUAUCUGGGAAAAGCUGCUCAACAAUGAGACCAGCUGCACUGCAAUGGGGCUGCUGGCCAGAGAGCUGCACUCUGCAUCCAAGAAGCUGUGUUCCCAGCUGUGUCAGUGCCUGGUGGAGCUGCUCCGCAGGAAGGAGCCGCACUGGGAUGUCCCCAGCUUGGCGCUCCUGGCUAAGUUCCUGACCUUCCCUGACAUGAGGGUGUGGGAUGAAGACAUCAUGGAGCUGAUGCCGAGCUACCUGCAGAGCAAGUGCAGCCUGGUCCGGCGCCUGGGGCUCAGAGUCCUCAUCAGCCUCUUCAAGAGACAUGUGAAUAUGCUAAGAAUAAGGCUCAGACAUCUCACAGAGCUACUGAAGGAUGAAGAUGGGGAGGUGGUCAGGAUGGCACUCGCUGCAAUCAUCCAGAUACUGCAGGACAUGAUGAUCCCAGUUUGCAGCAUGCUGGCUCUGGAGCUGGCUGAGAGGCUCUGGCCACUCUUCACCCACGACAACAGCCACGUGCAGCUGCUCUCCCUCCAGCUCUUCCAGCGUGUGAUGGUGUCUGUCAGCAAAAAGGAAAGGAGGUUGCUGAAGGGGCAGGUGCAGCAGAGCCUGGGGCAACUGCUGUGCCACCUGCAUGAUGAGAGCCAGGAGGUGGCAGAGGUGAGGAUCUGUGAGCUGCCCGUGUCCCCGUGGGAGGUGCCCACGGCCUCUCGGGUCACCCUGCUCCAAGCUGCCGCUUUCCUCAAGAAGAGGAGGCUCAGCCAGCUGCUGGAGAUGAAGCAGAUAGAGGCUGUGGGCGAGUGCCUGGUCAUGCCAUGCCUGCGGAGCAAACAGGAGUCUGUGCGAGAGGCAGCCAUCAGGUUCCUGGGGCUCGCCGGGUGGUACAUGGGGGAUCAACAGAACAACCUGGAGUUCAUCUAUGAUGUCCUUCAGUGCAUGAAAGAUGAUGCCAGCCCUUCAGUCUCCAAGCUGGCAACAGAAACCCAGCACAUCCUAACAGAUAUAAGGGCAGAAGAGCUCGGCAGAUCCAGGCGGCGAGGCCGGCUGCUCUGGGGCUGGAGGAGACUUUACUCUGCCAUUUUCCGUAGCUGA